CCGACUUCGACGCCCGCGACGCUCUGCUUUCUUCUGUUUCCUUCUUUAUUUUUGGCACAAGUUCGCCACAUUAAACGUUUAUUUAUUUCUGUUUAUUUCUUGUUUAUUGGUCACGACUCACCACCCGUGACAUUCUGGUGGAGGUGCGGGGUACCGCAUGUCCGUGCAGCGCAGCCCUCCGAGUUCCCGCAGUACAAGUCCAAACCCCAGCUCCGGAGGACCCGACGAAGACCAGAUCGAGACCCGGUCAAGUCGCCGCAUCCGAGGUCUACCCCCGGAACACGGACUUCUGCCACCCACGACCAAGCCGAAGACGACGAUGGCCAACCAGGCGCAGACCCCGGCCGCUUCUGCCGUUGUGUACCUGCCGAUCGCACCCAGGACUCCAACGCCUUUCCACGGAGACGUCCACGAGGACGUUGAAGACUGGCUGCAACACUACGAACGUGUAGCCCGCCACAACGGAUGGACGACUGAACAAUACCUCCACAAUCUCUACUUCGCGCUUGAAGGAACUGCGAGGCAUUGGUUUGAAAACCACGAAGCGUCCUUCACUACGUGGGAGUCCUGCGCCGCGGAGUUGAAGCGAACGUUCCUCAACCACCACCGUCGGCAGCGAGCGGAGGACCUUCUCCAAACAAGGGUGCAGGGCCCCAACGAAAGCGUGACCAGCUUCGUAGAGGAUGUCAUGCGCCUAUCUGCCCGAGCCGAUCCGGAGGCAGCCGAUGAGAAGAAGCUCCGCGUCCUCAUGCGUGGCGUGAAGGCUGAAAUUUUUGGGGGCCUUGUCCGCCAUCCCCCGACAACCGUCGACGGUUUUGUGGCUGAAGCCACUAACAUCGAGCGAGCGCUGUCGGCCCGAGCAAGCCAUUACCAUCGACUCGCCGGCGUGCCUGCUCCUCGAACCGCCGCAUCUUGCCGACUAGACCUGAACGCCAUCGGUGUCGACGGCCUUCGGGAAAUCGUCCGCGACAUCGUCCGGGAGGAGCUCCGGAAGCUGCUGCCUGCUGCCAACCAGCCGGCUGAGCUGUCGAUCGCCGAAGUGGUGCGCGAAGAAGUCCAGCGGGCAAUUCAACCGGAGGCUCCUGCCUGCGUAGCACCACCCGAAGAGCCCGCCCUGACCUACGCCGCAGUGGCCCGACGGCCACCGCCUCCUCGCCGCACCUAUGUCACGCCGCCCCGACGUCAGUCUCCUGCGCCGCAGCACGACCGACGCCACGACGACCAGGUCCAGUACGCCUGCCCGGAGCCUCGCGCACCCCGCAAGACCGACCUGUGGCGAACGCCCGACCGACGCCCUCUGUGCUUCCAUUGCGGGGAAGCGGACCACACCUACCGCCGAUGCCCAUACCGACGACUCGGGCUACGCGGGUUCCACCCGAACGACCCGCGCCCCCGUCAUGGUGAACGCCCUAUCGAGAUCGACGAGUACCUGCGACGACCUCAGUCCCCCGAGCCUGCGUCCCGCCGAGAGUUCCGGUCGCCGUCACCGCGACGUCCAGCUUCGCCGAUGCACCGACCGCGACGGUCUCCGUGAAAGAAAGGGAAGCCAUCCAGCAGCAGGUACAAGAAAUGCUUGACGACGACAUUAUCCAGCCCUCAAGCAGUCCGUGGGCUUCACCGGUAGUCC